UUUUUUUAAUCGUCGGGCUAGGUCCCCUCAGUCGGCCUGUUAUACUGUCGUACAUAGUAUCGCUCCUUGGGUUUUUCCGUUCCCCUCCCCCCGCGCUUCCACCGGUUACCGGAGGAGGGGAGGAGGGGGAGGCAGGCCGCGGCAGCCGCGCUGAGCUCCAUGCUUAAGUUCGCGGCUUUCCCUCCCUCCCUCCUCCUCCUCCUCACCGGCCCCUCCAGCUCUGAGCUCAGUGGGAGGCAGCAUCUAGGGAUCCGGGAUUAAGGACUAGCAGAGACCCGGCCACCGUGGAGCGGAACAACCUCGAGUCUUCAUAGCCGCAGUUCUGGGGGAGAGAGAGAAACUCUGGAUUUCAUAUGAAAAUAGCUCAAGGCAUCUUUCCACUAUGGAGUCGACUGUUGAUGACGAAGCGAUAGGGGCAUAAAUGAAGGCCAAGUAAGGAAGGCAAAACGAUGCCCAAGGGUGGGUGUUCUAAAACACCACAGCCAGAAGAAUUGUCUCUCAGUUACGACAUGGUGGAGAAACAAACCGGGAAAAAGGAUAAAGAUAAAGUUUCCCUAACGAAGACUCCGAAAUUGGAUCGAAGCGAUGGAGGGAAAGAGGUGAAGGAGAGAAAUACGAAAAGAAAACUGCCUUUCUCAGUUGGAACAAAUGGGGAUCAAAAAGACUCCGACACAGAAAAGCAGGGCCCGGAAAGGAAGAGAAUCAAGAAAGAGCCGGCCAACCGCAAAUCUGGCUUGCUUUUUGGGAUCGGCCUCCCUGGGAUCCGGGCUGGUUACCCGCUGUCGGAGCGGCAGCAAGUGGCUUUGCUUAUGCAGAUGACGGCCGAAGAAUCGGCCAACAGCCCAGUUGACACCACACCAAAGCAUCAGUCUCAGUCUGCAGCUGGUCAAAAGGGGACUCCCAACUCCGCGUCCAAAACCAAAGAUAAAGUAAACAAGCGGAACGAACGGGGAGAAACCCGCCUUCACCGGGCUGCGAUCAGGGGAGACGCGCGGAGAAUAAAAGAGUUAAUCAACGAGGGAGCCGAUGUUAACGUGAAAGACUUCGCAGGGUGGACGGCAUUGCAUGAAGCCUGUAACAGAGGUUACUACGAUGUUGCAAAACAGCUCCUUGCCGCGGGUGCGGAAGUGAACACCAAGGGUUUGGAUGAUGACACGCCGCUGCAUGAUGCGUCCAACAAUGGCCAUUUUAAAGUUGUAAAGCUACUCUUACGAUAUGGAGGAAAUCCUCAUCAAAGUAACAGGAAGGGGGAGACCCCUCUAAAAGUGGCUAAUUCGCCCACAAUGGUGAAUCUCCUCCUGGGAAAGGGGACGUACACGUCUAGCGAGGAAAGUUUAACAGAAAGCUCAGAAGAGGAGGACGCACCAUCCUUUGCACCUUCCAGCUCGGUGGACGGCAAUAACACAGACUCCGAAUUUGAAAAGGGCUCCAAACACAAAAGCAAGCAUCAGGAACCUCCUAAGGCGACCACGCCGGUGAAAGAUGAAUACGAGUUUGAUGAGGAUGACGAGGAAGACCGCGUCCCACCCGUCGACGACAAACACUUGUUAAAAAAAGAGUUCCGAAAGGAGGCUAAGAUGAACAGCUUUAUUGCCAUCCCUAAAAUGGAAGUGAAAACCUACGCUAAAAAUUCGACUGCACCAAAGAAAGCUGCUCGCCGGAUCCUGUCCGAUACCUCCGACGAAGAGGACAAUUCCGUCUCGGUCGGCGGUAGCGAUAAACUCCGGCUGACUGCUCACCCGGUCCUACCGAGCAAUAAAACCAGAGAGCAGCCUGUAGCAAAACAUAAAGAGAAAAGCAAGGUGAAAAAGAAGCGGAAGAAAGAUACAAAAAAUAAGGAAGUGCGGUUUGGAAAGAAAAAUGACAUUUUCUGCACCUCGGAGUCGGAAAGUGAGAACUUUAAUAGCGAUGUAGAGAACGAUAGACUUUCUUUAGAAAGCUCAAACUGUGUAAAGGACUCUGCCUUAGUGUUCAAAGAAAUUUCCUUGGUCAGUUCGUUGUCGGCAUCAUCUGCCUCUUCUCAAGGGAGUCUGACGUCCCUGAAACACAACGCCAACAUCCCAGACCAGCACGCCAAGCACUGGCGGACGGACAAUUGGAAAACUGUUUCUUCGCCGACCUGGUCGGAUGUGAGCUCGUUGUCGGACUCCACGAGGACGCGGCUGACCAGCGAGUCCGAUUAUACUUCCGAGGGUUCCAGUUUGGAAUCCGUCAAACAGAUUAAGAAGAAGGCGGAACACAAAAAGAAAAGCAGCGCGCGCAACAGCAUAUACGAGAAGAACUCGUUCCACCUGCGGGUCGAAGGGGCCGUCCCAAAACUAGAUAAAGAGGGCAAAGUGGUGAAAAAACACAAAACAAAACACAAACACAAAAGUAAAGACCGAGAGAAAGGGCAAUGUCAGAGCGGGCAGGACGUUAAGGUUCUGAAGAGUUUUUCUUUUGACUAUGACGACUCGAAGCAAAAAUCUGACAAACCAAUCAUUCUGGAGGCCGAUGUCCCCGAUAGGUUAAAAGUAUUAAAACAUGAACAAGACCAUCUCAGGAAAGAGGACAAACUGUCCAAGAUAAAACUAGAAGAAAAGGAAUGGGCGUUCAGGGACGAUUCAGGGAAGGCUUUCAAAGAAGAAAAAUCAUCAAAGAAGGCAAAAGAUGGGAAAGAUUCCAUCAAGAACGUCAAGGAAGAUAGAGAGAGGUCUGGCAAAACCGAGCGAGAAAAGACGGUAAAAGAAAAAUCCCCCAAAGAAGAGAAACCCAAAACUCACAAGGAAGAGAAAAAGAAGAAAAACAAAGACAAAGCGUCAAAAUCUGAAAAGAAAAGCGACAUCAAAGAGGAGAAAACUUCAAAAAAUGACAAGGAGAAAAGUUUUAAGGAGGAAAAGGAGAAAGCCAAAAAAGACAAACCGCACAAAGAAGAACCAGCCUAUGAAGAGUUCAAUAAUAAAAGCAAGUUUCUGGACACCGAGGAGACAAAAUACAGCGUCUCCGAGGAUGGGCAAGAUUUGUGGAUGUCUGAAAUGUCAUCAGAUGCUUCGUUUGACUUCAAGGAAGAUGAUAGCUGGGAUUCCCCUCUAGAGUACCGGGAGACCAAAGGCGAUUCCAUCGCUAAACUGAUUGUGGAAACGGUCAAGGAGGAAACAAAAGAAUCCAAAAGUAAAGAUAAGAGGGACUGUGGAGAGAAACAAACUGAUAAAGAAACUGUUAUAAAGAAGAAAGAUAAAGAACCUUCUGACAAGACCUCAGACAAAAAGAAAGAUGGGGACAAGCACAAGGCCACCCCGACAUACACCACAGAAAAAGAAAAGAAACGGAAAGACUCCAUGGAUUGUGUAAAGAACCGCAAGGAAAAAGAUAACACCGACGGUACGAGGAGGGAUUCUCUGGGGAGCAAAGAACGCAGAGACAGUAAAGUAAAGCUAGAGGAGCAGUACAAAGACGAUCUGAACGACUGCGGCAGCGAACCGUUCUUUAAAGACAAAACGGAAGCCGAGUCUGUUCCUAAGAACAGCGAGACGCGGGAAAGGCAUCAUUCCGGUAAAGAGAGAGACAAGAGAGAAAACACUGAGAAAAAAGAAAAGCCCAAGGCGGAAAAACAUCGGGACAAGUCAAAAGACUCCGAGAGAGAGAAACCGGAAAAAGCCUCGUCUGAAAGAAGCCAAAAAGAUAAGGAAGGAGACAAAUAUUCCAGAGAGAAAAAAGAAUCCAAGGAAAAAUACAAAGACUCCAAAGAGAGGAAAAGCUCAUCGGAACAGAAAACAGAGAAGAGAGAGAAAAAUGUCGUUGCCGAGAGGGAUUUUGUUGACAAGCGUGAAGAAAAGAAAGCAAGAGGGAAGAAUUGGUAUAACAUCGCAGACAUCUUCACAGACGAGAGCGAAGACGAGGAAGAGCGUUACUUGUCCGGCUUUAAAAUGACAGAGGCGUAUGGGAACGAAUUGCACAGAAUGGACAGUUACGAGAGAGAGCCGGUAGCCCCCGAAAAAGAGGCUUCCCAAUCAGAGAAACACCGGAAGUAUUCUAGCGACAAGCAACAUUCAGGCGAUAAAGCUAAAGACCGGGAAUCUAAAGAAAGGAAGAAAGAAAAGGCACAGUCUGAUCCGGCCAAGGAAAAGAAAGACAAGAGCACGGCUGACAAACACAAAGACAGGAAGGAUAAAGAUUCCGGAGAGAAGCACCGCAAAGACAGGGUGUCCGUGGACUCCAAUCAGGACAGAAAAAGUAAGCAAAAGGGUCUGUCUGAGAAGGGAGAGAGAAAACAUCUUGGGGAAGAAAAGGUAAAGAAUAAACACAAAGAUAAGUCUGAAAAGGAUCAUUCCAAAGAUCGAAAGUCUUCAAAGGGUGAAGCGGAAAAGAGCCUUCUAGAGAAACUGGAAGAGGAAGCCCUCAAUGACUAUAAAGACGACUCCAACGAUAAAAUCAGUGAAAUCUCCUCAGACAGUUUCACGGACAGAGGGCAAGAUCCAGCGCCCGGGAGCCUGUUUGAUGCUUCUGCUCUGACAAACGCCGACGUUAUCGAGGAGAAGUUUAAAGACUCUGUACCAGUACCAUGCCUGGCUGAGAAACUCAAGGACAAGGAACGCAACAGGCAUUCUUCCUCGUCCUCUUCUAAGAAAAGCCACGAGAAAGACAAGGUACGAAAGGAGAAAUCCGAGAAGAAGGGUGAAAAACUGGACGACCUGAAAGAUUCCUACAGCAGAAGAGAAUCUCUGCAGUACGAAAAGGACGCUCCGACGCAGGACAGCGAUACGUUCAUGACCUUCACGGUGAAAACGGAGACCGUUGAAGAGGUGGACAGAAGUAUGGACUAUGUCUUCACCUCUGAGAAGGAUAAACAUGAACCUGAGCGAGAAGCUUCCAAGAAGUCUGACAGGGACAAGACUUACAGCAGUAACACCGCUGUUCCAAAGGACAAGAAGAAGAAAGACAAGCACCGGGACAAAAGCAAGGAUGAGAAACACCGGGACAAGCAGUUGGAAGCUUUCUUUAAGCAUCAUAGGGAUGAACAAAAAACACUUAACAGAGAGAAGGAGUCUCUUCAGGCUGUUCUAAAAGACAGGUCAAAAGAGGAGCAGGCGAAAUUUGGAGAAAACAAAGUAAAAGAGCGAACGAAGGAUAACCUGGACAAGGAGAAGACCGACAACUCUACGAAAAUCAGCAACGGCAAUGAAAGAACUUUGCUGGUUAAGGAGACCACCAAGAAAGACAGCAGGCCGAGGGAGAAGCUGCUUGUUGAUGGAGACCUUAUGAUGACUAGUUUCGAAAGAAUGCUGAGCCAGAAAGAUCUCGAAAUAGAAGAGAGACACAAGCGUCACAAGGAAAGGAUGAAACAAAUGGAGAAAAUGAGGCACCGAUCUGGCGACCCCAAGUUAAAGGAGAAGAUGAAAGCGUCCGACGACUUGCGCAAACGUAGUCUGGACCUGUCAAACAAAAAGCCGGCGAUCGCGGAUCCUUGCCAGAAGGAAAAGAAAUGUAAGGAGUGGGCGCCUUUGAAUACUAGCGCUUCUGAAAAUAAAACUCAAACCGUUACAGCAAAUGAUUCUAAAGAGUGGCUAAACGGACCCCAAAUAAAAGAGGUACUCCCGGCCUCUCCAAGACCUGACCAAAAUAGGCCAACCGGAGUCCCCACCCCAACAUCUGUUAUCUCCUGCCCAAGCUACGAGGAGGUCAUGCAGACCCCAAGAACACCUUCCUGCAGCACAGAGGACUACCCCGACCUCAUGUUUGACUGUUCAGAUACCCAGCACUCGUUGCCGGUGUCGGCCAUGUCUACGAAUGCAUGUUCUCCUACGUUCUUUGACAGGUAUUCCAAUACUUCUGGUGGAAUGCCUGAGCAUCCAAGCCAGACGCCAACCAGAUUGGGAUCUUCCACCCACCGGAGUCGAUCUGUUUCUGUUGAUGUGAGAAGGGCUCCUGAGGAGGAGUUCCCUGCAGGGGAAGCAAAGUUCUUCAGACAGCAGAGUGUUCCUACUUCAAAUUUCAGCUCGCCUGUCCAGCUUCUCAUAGAUGACAAAAUUCAAAUACCUCUGGUUCCUGACGAGAAAUUCUCUUGUUUGUCUCCGGUUUGUUACUCCCCGGAUUACCGACCCCCGUCUCCAAAAGUGGAGGAUAACUGCGCAUCUGCGGACAUUUCGAGCAUUGCACGUUCCCCCGAACACGUCUACUCGGCUGUGCCGGCAAAGCCUUCUCCGUCGGAACGGGAAGAUUUGUUGGAACCUUCGGAAAGCGAAGUUCCUCCUGAAAUUGACCCACCUUGUGAUUCCGCAGAAGCUCAGCAAGCCACAGAAUCUAUUCUCCCCCAGGAGCAAAGCUUUUCACCACCAGGGUCUUUUAUGCAACAGGAUCCCCCCGGCUAUUUGCAACCAGAGAACAACUUUAUGCCAAACGAAAAUAGCUUCCCGUCGGAACCUGAUUUCAUUCCUCAGGACUCUUAUAUUCCCCAAGAGCCCAGUUACAUGCCUCCUCAAACAGACUUUCUGCCCCAAGAGCCAGAGUUUAUGCCGUCGGAGCCCGCUUUCUUACCUCCAGAACCGAACUAUAUUGUGCACUCUGAACCUGGCUUUUCACACGCAGAGGCUGCGUAUUUGCCAAGGGAGCCUGGGUUUCAGGCCUCGCAUACGGAGUCCGCAUUCCUGCCUCCGGAACCCGCUUUUAUCCCGCCUCCGGCAGAGCCGAGUUUUCUCCCACCAGAAGAAGAAAACACCUUUGGUUCUACUAUUUCUGAGCAGAAUCUAGAAUGGCAGAGUCCUCCGGCCAGGAACUCUGAAUCGGUUAUAACUCCUACUCUAAUCGGCAAUGUUCCAGAACACCCAGGUGGCUGGUCGGUUGGGUCAGACAUCCUGAAAUCUCCCCAAAAAUUCCCCGACUCACCUAGGCAUUUUUGUUCAUCAGACAAUGUUAUUUCUUCAGUCUCUUUUAUACCCUCAGAGUCGCCUUAUCCAGCUUCUCCCAUGUCCUAUUCCUUGUCUGAACCAGCUCCCGAGGAAUUGAAAGAGGAGGAAGAAGAAGAAGAAGAAGAGGAGGAGGAGGAGGAAGAAGAAACUGAAGAGAAUAUGCCUCAGCCUGAUGAGCAAGGUCCGUACAUGUCUCCCACCCCGCUGGCAUCUUUUUUCAGUAGCUGUAAACCUCUACCAGUGGAACAUCAAGCUUUGCCACCUGAACCUUGCACAAUAGAUGCUGAGCCCAUAGCAGAUCCAUUGGGUUCCGUAAAAAGUAACUAUAUAGAACCCAGUGUCCUCCACCCACCGACUGAAGAACAUGAACCGUGGCCCGACCCAUUCUCUACAGCAGUGGAUGAUUUAGACCUCGGACCCUUUUCUUUGCCAGACCUUCCUCUUAAGGAGGAAGCAGAUGGCGACGUUGGAGAUCAGCAAAAUCUAACGGCGGAAGCGUGUCUUCCCCCUGUUCCCGACAACGGCGUGGAGCGGUGCAAGGAUAUUCCUGAGGAAAACGAUAAACCGGAACUGACAAGUCCUAAAGAACCUGACCGCUCGGAAGAGGCUAGACAGGAACCGCAAGUUCUAGAGCCAACGGAUUACCACGCUGAAACUGUUCCGGACAGCGAGACUAUAUCGAAAAAUAUUUCAAAGACAGAAUUUGAAGAUGAAGCUGCAAGCUUUCAGCCGCUAUUUCCAAAGCCUGCUUCUCCAGAACCUGACGGAACAGAAGAAGCCGAGGCUGGCCUUACUACCGCUAGUAGUACUACUCCAACGACUACUCCUACUCCCGUUACUACAACAGAGACAACAUCUCCAGAAUCCGUGUCAGAACCUGAAACUGCCGAUGUAAAGGUGACCCCAGAGAGCGCUUCGUUAGAAAAUGUUGAUGGUCAUUCCACCGUGCAAGCAGAGAAUGCGCAAGUCAACCUUACAACAGAAGCCCCGGAGCAAACGCCAAAAGUAACGGUUGAUGUUCCAAAACCACCAAAAGUUGAGGAGAUACCCCUCCGAAUGACGCGUAACCGGGCCCAAAUGCUCGCAAAUCAAAACAAGCAAAAUCCGUCUCUGGCCGAGAAGGAGCCACCCGCUGUUACCACGCCGUCAACCCGCGGAAAGGGUAAAGUCACAGAGGAUGAAGAUUCUCAAACCCAACACCCGCGCAAGAGAAAGCUGCAGAAACCCAACCAACUCCAACAGCAGAUAAUCAGCAACUCCAAUCAGCAGACGCGGGAAAUGAUCCAGCAGACUCUGGCGGCUAUAGUCGACGCCAUAAAGCUGGACGACAUCGAGCCGUAUCACAGCGAUCGAUCAAACCCGUAUUUCGAGUACUUGCAGAUCAGGAAAAAGAUUGAAGAAAAGCGAAAGAUUCUGUGUUACAUCACGCCCCAAGCCCCUCAGUGUUACGCCGAGUACGUCACCUACACCGGCUCGUAUCUGCUGGACGGGAAACCCCUCAGCAAACUUCACAUUCCAGUGAUUGCACCACCUCCAUCGUUGUCCGAGCCGCUGAAGGAGCUCUUCCGGCAGCAGGAAGCCGUACGGGGAAAGCUUCGCCUGCAGCACAGCAUUGAGCGGGAGAAGCUCAUAGUGUCGUGCGAGCAGGAAAAUCUACGUGUUCACUGCAGAGCCGCAAGAACCAUCGCUAAUCAGGCCGUGCCUUUCAGCGCCUGCACAAUGCUGCUGGACUCGGAGGUCUACAACAUGCCUCUGGAAAAUCAGGGAGACGAGAAUAAAUCCGUCAGAGAUCGGUUCAAUGCUCGGCAGUUCCUAUCGUGGCUGCAAGAUGUGGAUGACAAAUACGACAGAAUGAAGACGUGCGUCUUAAUGCGGCAGCAGCAUGAAGCGGCAGCCUUGAACGCGGUGCAACGGAUGGAGUGGCAGCUAAAGAUGCAGGAGUUGGAUCCAAGCAGCCAUAAGUCCCUGUGUGUGAACGAGGUGCCCUCUUUCUACGUGCCAAUGGUGGACGUGAACGAUGACUUUGUGCUCUUGCCGGCGUGAUGAGGCCGACGCCUGGGCCUGGAUUUCUGCUUUUCCCGUCUUGCCGCUGGCGAGGGCCGGCCCCGUUUGGCUGAGAAGAGCUCCGUCUUCACCCGCAUCUUAAUCGCUUGCUGAUGAAUCCGCUGCUUAAGAGGAGGAAGCAUUUUGAUUUCACGAGAAUGGUAACCAUACGGAAUUGCACUUUCUUCAUAGCUACAUCCACAAACCCCUCCCGCGAACGGGCCCGGAAACGCCGCCACCGCGGGCAGGGCGAGCACGCACAGAUAGCUACGCACAGAGGGAGGAAAAACAAAAACACGGGAUCAAUGACAUGCAACACGCGUGUGUGUGUAUAGGUGUAUACAUGUAACUGCACCGGAAGCGGGCGCCAGUCCUCUGGACGCUUGCAGAAGACAAUGCAGAGAAUUAUUUUUAUUUUGGGGGCUGGGGUGGUAUAUUUCCUCAUUUUAUUUUUUUAUUUUUUUUUUCCUCGUCAUGGUUUUCUUCCGCCGAUACAGGGAUCUGUGACCUAAGAACUUCUCCCAUUAGACUUUAUUUUAUUUAUUUUUUAAUUUUUCCAGUCGCGUUCAAAGUCCAGCGCGGGAUAUAAUUGCCUUUAGACGCUGACCACCUCAGGGGUCAGCCUUUUUAAAUCACGAGGCCUCACAGAUUUCGGCAAAUCAUCAGUAUCUGGUCUUUUUUUAUUUUAUUUUUUUGUUUUAGUUUCUUUUUUUUCCUCCCCCUCCGCAGUCACACAUUCUGCAUGUGGUUCGUGUUCCGGAUUCUCUUUCAUCCUUCAGUCCAGGGAAGCAGAACAACCACACUUUACUAUCUCCUGUUCAUUUUCUCCCUUUUUAAUCUUGGGCAUUUUCUUUCUCUUUUCAGAGAACAUAACUUGAAACACUACAGAGCCAAUACUCAUGUAAAAAAAAGACAAAAAAAAAAGAAA